CAUCUACUUGCUUCCUUGUUCCCUAUUCUUUUAUUUUAUAUUCGUGAUGUAAGACUCAAAAUGAAUUUCUCUUUUUUGUGUUUAGUCAUCACUAUAUAUGGCAAUUUAUUGGGCGUAUACGCGAAAUACAACAAGGAUGUAGUUUGUGUUAUAGACAUGGGUGCAGAACCCGUGUGUGCGGCCAUGGAAUCGCCAAACCGCCGUUUUAGCGCAAGAAGAGACAAUAUACCACUACAUGACCCAUACAUACCUAGAUCUCAUUCGUUAUUCUACAAUUGUUCAGCCCUGCAAUGUGAGCCUAUACGAUUGAUUUCCCUCAUUCAAUUAACGUCUCCAAACACAAACCUCAAAAGUUGUUACAGUCAAGCGGGGCAAUUCGAAUGUGAACACACAAGGUUCCAGUAUUUUAAAACAGUUGACAAAUUACUAUUUUUAAACAAGAAUAUACAAAAUCGAACAUUUUACCUGGUAGAUUGUUUAGUCUUCCAUGAAGGUGGACGGGUGUGUCAUAGAAGAGUAAAAGAUGAUACACAUACGCGUUUAGUUGACUUUGGAACAUUAGUCAGACCGAAUGAAACCAAUGUACUGUCGCAAGAAGAGUUUUUAUGCGAAGAAAACGAUAACAAAGAAGUUAAUUGCGAUCUUGAUCCAUACGUACCAUUUCAUGAGGGGUUAAAGAAGAAAGAAAGCUAUAAAGUAAGGGGAGAUGUUAUGUUGAAAAGCGGCGCUCACGCGUUGGUGCUUACAUAUAAUUGUAUUGAUUCUUGGUGCGGCUUUAGUGGCCACGUGCCUAUAUUGAGGAGAAGCGAUUGGUUCGAUCGUUACGAGCCUCCGGGAGGCAAAAUAUUCCGUUGUUAUUAUGCUAACAGACAACAAGUCUGCAAAAUCAUCGGUGACAGCUACACUAACUAAAUAUGUCGCUAAUAAUGGCCCUAACGAUUGGCUUAGUAAAUAAUGCGAAUUUUAUUUACUGUGUUUAUUAUAAACCUAUUCAAUUAAUUAAAGAUUAAAUCGUUUUCGCUUACAAAUUUAAAUAGCUUCUAUAUUAACAUAAAUAUCGAACACUUAGAAAAAAGUCGUUCGAUCCGGC